AUGAGCUCCGACAAGCCGAACUUUCUCUCGCAGCCCAUUGUGAAGAACAUUUUUAUGUACCGAAACGGCGACCCUUACUACGAGGCUCGCCGUAUAGUGAUUAACCAAAAGAGGGUGUGCAAUUUUGACACUUUGCUGCGAGAGGUGACCGGCGGGGUGCAGCCCCCCUUUGGAGCCGUGAGGAACAUCUACACACCGAGAGGAGGCCACAAAGUAGACUGUCUGGAGAGCCUGCAGAGCGGGGAGCAGUAUGUCGCUGCCGGGAGGGAGAAGUUCAAGAAGCUGGAUUAUCUACAGAUUGGCUCCAGGAAGAAGAAGAUGAUGCAGACUCUUCCAGCACAGGCUAAACCAUUGCCCCAGAGUCGCAUCAUCGUCUCAGCUAGAUUCCUGAAACCCCUCAAGGAACCAUGUCCGAUAUUUGUGGUAGCGAAUGGUGAUGUGUUAAAUCCAGCUGUAAGGCUGCUGAUUCACCAGAGGAUGCUGGGCCAGUUUGACAGAAUACUAGAGAUGAUCACUGAGAAGAUGGGCCUGAGAGUGCUGGGCGGUGUACGCAGCCUCUACACGUUUGAAGGCCACCAGGUGACUGAUGGGAAGCAGCUGGAGAGCGGUCAGUUCUACGUGGCUGUGGGCAGAGAGAGGUUUAAGAAGCUGCCCUACGGUGACCUGCUCUUCACCAAACCCAGAGGGACGAGGAGGGUCAACGGAAUGAAGGCCUCGUCUUUACCCCCUAUUUAUAGAUUCUCAAAGCAAAAUGGAAAUAGCAAGUCCAUGUUACGGUGCAGUGACAGUGGAGGAGGAGACUCCAAGGCCUCUCCUCCGGCCCACAGCGGUAACAACAAAGAGCACCUGUCCUCCAUUGUCAGAGAGAUCUCUCAGGCCAGGCUCAUCUCCCUCAGGAAGAAGAGGAGUGGACAAAGCAUGUCCCAGGCUGUCUCAGACAAUGAUGACCUGGAAUCAAAGGCUGAUGAUGGGAACACCGAGGACAAAACCCCACAAGACCAGCCCGCUGAGGAGAAACCUACAUCAGAGGAUGCUAAAGCCACAGAGGAGACUGAUGGUGAAAAGGCAAGAGAGAAGGAGGAGGCUGCUGCUGAAAGCAUUACCAAAGAAGACGACUCCACCAGCAAAGAUGAGAAGAAGGAAAACCAAGAGCCAAAUAAUGAAUCAGGAGAAGCAACAGCAGGACCUGGGUCGAUGAAUGGAGGAGGGGAGGAAGAGGGAAAAGAAGAGGUAAAGGAAGACGUCACUGAGGAGUCUAAAGAGAAAGUUGAGAGUGAGGAACAAGAGCCCAGCAACAAAAACAACACUGAUAAGAUUCAGGACACAAAUGAGAAAGAGGAUGGCAACCAUACGCCUCCCUCUGAGGAUGGGAAAGAGGAAGAAGAAAAAAAUGGAGAGGAGAGCGAGGCGAAGGGGGAGAUCGAUGGGGAAGACAACGGGAAGCAAAGUGAAACGGAGGAAGUGGAGGAAGAGGAAAAAUCAGCUAGCACCAAAGAUGCCAAAGCCAGUGAGGAUAAAGGGGAGGAUGACGGUAGACAGAGUGAUAACAAAACAGAUGAUAAAAGGGAAAAAGAGGAAGAAGGAAAAGGAAAGUGA